GCCUAGGAGGUUGUGAGAGAAGGAAGAUGACCAGAGCUUUGUGUCCACUGCAUGCUCUCUGGCUUCUGGAGUGGGCGCUGCUGCUCUUGGGACCUGGUACUGCCCCUCUAGCCUGGGCCUUGAACUUGGACCCCAUGCGGCUCACCUUCUAUACAGGCCCCAAUGGCAGCCACUUUGGGUUUUCAUUGGACUUCCACAAGGACAGCCAUGGAAGCGUGGCUGUCGUGGUGGGCGCCCCGCGGACCCUGGGCCGCAGCCAGGAGGAGACAGGCGGUGUGUUUCUGUGCCCCUGGAAGGCCGACGGUGGCCAGUGCAACUCUCUGCACUUCGACCUUAGUGAUGAGACCCGAAAAGUAGGCUCCCAAACUUUCAAAACCUUCAAGGCCCGGCAAGGACUGGGAGCGUCGGUCGUCAGCUGGAGCGACGUCAUUGUGGCCUGCGCCCCUUGGCAGCACUGGAAUGUGCUAGAAAAUGCCGAGGAAGCUGAGAAGACGCCCGUAGGUGGCUGCUUCGUGGCUCAGCUUCAAGACGGCCGGCGCGCGGAGUACUCUCCCUGUCGGGCCAACACCAUGGGCGACGUUUACGUACAGUAUAAGUUUAGUGGAGACAGGCGCUACUGCGAAGCGGGAUUCAGCUCCGUGAUCACCCAGGCUGGGGAGCUGGUGCUUGGGGCCCCUGGCGGCUAUUUUUUCUUAGGUCUUCUGGUCCGAGCUCCAAUUGCCAAUAUCGUCUCGAAUUACCGGCCGGGCACCCUUUUGUGGCACGUACCCAACCAGCGCUUCACGUUCGACUCCAGCGACCCAGAGUAUUUCGACAGCUACCGGGGGUACUCGGUGGCUGUGGGAGAGUUCGACGGGGAUCUCAGCACUACAGAGUAUGUCCUCGGUGCCCCCACUUGGAGCUGGACCCUGGGAGCGGUGGAAGUUAUGGACUCCUACUACCAGACGCUGCACCGGCUGCACGGAGAGCAGAUGGCUUCGUAUUUUGGGCACUCAGUGGCCGUCACUGACGUCAAUGGGGAUGGGAGGCAAGACCUGCUGGUGGGCGCUCCACUGUACAUGGCGAGCUGGGCGGGCCGCAAGCUGGCCGAGGUGGGGCGUGUGUACUUGUUCCUGCAGUCCCGAGGCCCCCACGCCCUGGGCACCCCAAGCCUCCUGCUGACAGGCACACAUCUCUAUGGGCGAUUCGGCUCGGCCAUCGCGCCCCUGGGCGACCUCGACCGCGAUGGCUACAAUGAUGUUGCAGUAGCCGCCCCCUACGGGGGUCCCAGUGGUCGGGGCCAAGUGCUGGUGUUCCUGGGUGGGAAUGAGGGGCUGAGCUCACGCCCCUCCCAGGUCCUGGACAGCCCCUUCCCCACACGCUCUGGCUUUGGCUUCUCCCUGCGAGGUGCUGUAGACAUCGAUGACAACGGAUACCCAGACCUGCUGGUGGGAGCUUACGAGGCCAACAAGGUGAUUGUGUACAGAGCUCAGCCGGUGGUGAAGGCCACUGUUCAGCUGCUGGUGCAAGAUUCGCUGAAUCCUGCUGUGAAGAAUUGUGUCCUGCAACAAACCAAGACACCAGUGAGCUGCUUCGACAUCCAAAUGUGUGUGGGAGUCACUGGGCACAACAUUCCUCAGAAGCUGCACCUAAAUGCUGAGCUGCAGCUGGACCGGCAAAAGACCCGCCAGGGCCGGCGGGUGCUACUGCUGAACUCUCAACAGGCAGGCUUCACCCAGAGCCUGGACCUGAGCGGAAAGCACAGCCCCGUCUGCCACACCACCACGGCCUUCCUUCGAGACGAGGCGGAAUUCCGGGACAAGCUGAGCCCCAUUGUGCUCAGCCUCAACGUGUCCCUGCAGCCCGAGAAGGCUGGAAUAGCCCCUGCUCUCAUGCUACAUGGAGACACCCAUAUCCAGGAGCAGACACGCAUCGUCCUGGACUGUGGGGAAGAUGGUGUGUGUGUCCCCCAGCUGCAGCUCGCUGUCAACGUGACAGGCUCCCCGCUGCUAGUUGGCACUGAUAAUGUGCUGGAGCUGCAGGUGGAUGCAGCCAACGAGGGUGAGGGGGCCUACGAGGCAGAGCUGGCCGUUCACCUGCCCCCAGGUGCCCACUACAUGCAGGCCCUCAGCAACAUGGAGGGCUUUGAGAGGCUCAGCUGUAACCAGAAGAAGGAGAACGAGACCAGGGUGGUUCUGUGUGAGCUGGGCAACCCCAUGAAGAAGAGUACCCGGAUAGGAAUCACGAUGUUGGUGAGUGUGGGAAACCUGGAAGAAGCUGGGGAGUAUGUGUCCUUCCAGCUGCAGAUCAGGAGCAAGAACAGCCAGAAUCCAAACAGCAAGACUGUGCUGCUGGAUGUACCAGUCCGGGCAGAGGCUCAAGUGGAGCUGCGAGGGAACUCCUUUCCAGCCUCCCUGGUGGUGGUGGCAGAAGAAGGUGACAGGGAACAGAACAGCUUGGACAGCUGGGGCCCCAAAGUGGAGCACACCUAUGAGCUCCACAACAAUGGCCCUGGUGCUGUGAGUGACCUCCGCCUCAGUAUCCACCUACCCAGCCAGUCCCAACCCUCUGACCUGCUCUACAUCCUGGAUGUACAGCCCCAGGGGGGCCUCCAGUGUUCCCCACAGCCCUCUCCCAACCCCCUCAAGCUGGACUGGGGGCUGCCCACCCCUAGCCCUUCCCCCAUGGCCCAUCACAGGCGGGAGCGCAGACAGGCAUUCCUUCCAGGGCCCAAGCAGCCCUCAAGCCCUCAGGAUCCCAUUCUUGUGAGCUGCGACUCGGCACCCUGUACCGUGGUGCAGUGUGAGCUGCAAGAGAUGGCGCGUGGGCAGCGGGCCAUGGUCACCGUGCUGGCCUUCCUGUGGCUGCCCAGCCUCCGCCAGAGGCCACUGGGUCAGUUUGUGCUGCAGUCGCACGCUUGGUUCAACGUCUCCUCACUUCCCUAUGGCGUGCCCACUUUAAGCCUGCCCAGCGGGGAAGCUCUGGUGCAGACACAGCUGCUUCGGGUCUUCGAGGAGAGGCCCAUUCCAAUCUGGUGGGUGCUGGUGGGUGUGCUGGGUGGCCUGCUGCUGCUCACCCUCCUGGUCCUGGCCAUGUGGAAGGUGAGGUGUGAAGGAUAGUAGAGUCCCCAGGUGGGCACAGGCUUGGCCCUGCCCUAUCUCACAAGGAAGCGGGGAGAGAUGUGGCUCAGGUGGGUGAUCCAGAGCCCAUAGGAUCUACGUCCCCACUAUAAGAAUGUCAUUCUCCAGAGGACCUCCUCCAGGGCAUAUACCUCUGGAAGGGGUGCAACUGAAAUCCUAAGACCUUUAGAAGGUACACACACACA